UUUCAUAAAAGAAUUUGACACGUGCUUGCGAUCGCGUUUUACUAUUAAACUUAUUAAAAUUAAAUUUUUAAGAUGUGUUCAGUCGAAGACGGAAAUGAAACUGUAGAAAUAAAGACUAAGGCUAAAAGUUUAUGUAGAAGAUGUAACGAAAAAGCAUCUAUAGUUCAUGGAAAGGAUUCUUUUUGUCGUUCCUGUUUCUUGGCCUACUGUACACACAAAUUUCGUGGAACAUUAGGUAAAUCUAAACAAAUAAAAAGAGGAGAGAAGAUCUUAAUUGCAUUUUCUGGUGGAAUGUCAUCAUCUGCUAUGUUACAUAUGAUAAAAGAAGGGUUAAAAGAAGCUUCACACAAAAGACUAAGUUUCCAUCCUAUUUUACUUUUCAUUGAUGAAACUUCAAUUUUUUCAACAAUCAAUGAUGAAAAUGAAGAAAAUAAAGAAAUUUAUAAAGUUAUGUUGGAUAUUGGAUUUCCUUCUUAUAUUACUAGAUUAGAAAUGGUAUACCAUGAUGAGAAGAGUGUAUUUUAUCAAUCUUUGGAUGCAUCAUAUUUUAAUUUUAUUAAUUAUAACAAAGAGAAAAAAUUAUUAAUGGAAGCUUUAGAUAGUUUUAAAUCAUUGAGUUCUAAAGAAAAUUUCAUAAAAAAUUUAAGAUAUAACUUAAUUAUGGAUAUUGCUAAAAAUGUUGACUGUUCUAAGAUUUUUGUUGGUGAAUCUGCCACUUUGCUUGCUAUUCGGUUGUUGUCUGAUCUUGCUCAAGGAUGUGGUGCUAAUAUAGCUGAUGAAACAGGCUUUGUUGAUGGUAGAUAUGCAAUACCAAUCCUCAGACCAAUGAGAGAAUUUCUCAACAAAGAAAUAGCCAUGUACAACCAUUUUUUAGAUAUACCAUAUCAAGUUAAACAAACAUUAUCUACAAAGGUGGGAUACUCUGUAAAUAAUGAAGCUCUUGCAAUCUAA